GAGUGACACCCUGAAGAAAGAAAGAAGAAAGUGGAGGGAAAGAGGGAGGAAGAAUGAUAGGAAAAUAAAUCUGCCAGGAUCUAAUAAAGCUUAGUGACCAUGCCACCAUGCCACUCCUAAGUAUUUAAAAGAAAUGAAAAUUUAUCUUCCCCAAAAUACUCUUACAGUACAAGCUCUAUUAACAGUGGCCAAAGACCGGAAACAAUCAAUUGGCCAAGAACUGGUGAGUGAAACUAUAUUGGCUACAUUAUAGUAUAGCCACACAAUGAAAUACCACUCAGCAGUAAAAAAUAACGAGCUGUUGAUAUCCCCACAACAUGGACAACUCUCAAAAACACUUUGCUGCGGCCAGGCAGGGUGGCUCAUGUAAUCCCAGCACUUUGGGAGGCGGAGAUGGGCAGAUCACAUGAGGCCGGAGUUCGAGACCAGCCUGGCCAACAUGGCGAAACCCCUCUCUACUAAAAAUAUGAAAAUUAGCCAGGUGUGGUGGCGGGCGCCAGCAGUCUCAGCUACUCAGGAGGCUGAGGCAGGAGAAUCGCUUGAACCCGAGAGGCGGAGGUUGUGGUGAGCAGAGAUCGCGCCACUGCGCUCCAGCCUAGGUGACAGAGCCAGACUCCGUCUCAAAAAAACAGCUUUGUUGAGCAAAAGUCAGACACAAAAGACAACCUAUUGCAUGCUUCUACUAACGUGAAAAUCAAGGAGACAAAACGAUCGUGGAGCGAUAGAAAUCCAAAUACUGCAAAAUGUUCUGUCCAUUUGAGUCAUUCCAAGCUCCCUAUUCUUUUCAGAGCCUACACUGUGGAGGACCCCCAGGCCGCAGAUUGAUAGCAACUGGGACAGUUCUGGUUUCAGCGCCCAGCGCAGACGCCACUCUUCGAAAGGGUGGGGCACACGGCAAAACGCAAUCAUCUGGUCUUCAGUUAUCAGUACUAAACAUGGCGGCUCCCACCGAGCACCACACCCAGAUCACGAGACCGCGCGCUGUCGGAGCCAGUCUGUCGGCUCACUGGGGCGCGCCUACUUUUAGAUUGACCAAUAAACGCGAGGCGUAAGGCACGCCCUCUUUCUUCCCGUCUCCGCCAAUAAUCUCCCGGUCCCUUCCACAGGACCCAAUCACCGCUUCGGCCUCUCUUGAAUGAAAAGGCAGCGGCCCAGUCAGCAGAGCAGCAGCCCGACACAAGAGGCAGGAAGCGCGGCAGCUCGUGUCUGAGCGCCCGGCGGAAAACCGAAGUCAGAAGUCUCUCUUAGCAGCACGCGGAGAAGAACGGGGAGCCAGCAUCAUGGCAGAACAGGAUGUGGAAAACGAUCUUUUGGAUUAUGAUGAAGAGGAAGAGCCCCAGGCUCCUCAAGAGAGCACACCGGCUCCCCCUAAGAAAGACAUCAAGGGAUCCUACGUUUCCAUCCACAGCUCUGGCUUCCGGGACUUUCUGCUGAAGCCGGAGCUCCUGCGGGCCAUCGUGGACUGUGGCUUUGAGCAUCCUUCUGAGGUCCAGCAUGAGUGCAUUCCCCAGGCCAUCCUGGGCAUGGACGUCCUGUGCCAGGCCAAGUCCGGGAUGGGCAAGACAGCGGUCUUCGUGCUGGCCACCCUACAGCAGAUUGAGCCUGUCAACGGACAGGUGACGGUCCUGGUCAUGUGCCACACGAGGGAGCUGGCCUUCCAGAUCAGCAAGGAAUAUGAGCGCUUUUCCAAGUACAUGCCCAGCGUCAAGGUGUCUGUGUUCUUCGGUGGUCUCUCCAUCAAGAAGGAUGAAGAAGUGUUGAAGAAGAACUGUCCCCAUGUCGUGGUGGGGACCCCGGGCCGCAUCCUGGCGCUCGUGCGGAAUAGGAGCUUCAGCCUAAAGAAUGUGAAGCACUUUGUGCUGGACGAGUGUGACAAGAUGCUGGAGCAGCUGGACAUGCGGCGGGAUGUGCAGGAGAUCUUCCGCCUGACACCACACGAGAAGCAGUGCAUGAUGUUCAGCGCCACCCUGAGCAAGGACAUCCGGCCUGUGUGCAGGAAGUUCAUGCAGGAUCCCAUGGAGGUGUUUGUGGACGACGAGACCAAGCUCACGCUGCACGGCCUGCAGCAGUACUACGUCAAACUCAAAGACAGUGAGAAGAACCGCAAGCUCUUUGAUCUCUUGGAUGUGCUGGAGUUUAACCAGGUGAUAAUCUUCGUCAAGUCAGUGCAGCGCUGCAUGGCCCUGGCCCAGCUCCUCGUGGAGCAGAACUUCCCGGCCAUCGCCAUCCACCGGGGCAUGGCCCAGGAGGAGCGCCUGUCACGCUAUCAGCAGUUCAAGGAUUUCCAGCGGCGGAUCCUGGUGGCCACGAAUCUGUUUGGCCGGGGGAUGGACAUCGAGCGAGUCAACAUCGUCUUUAACUACGACAUGCCUGAGGACUCGGACACCUACCUGCACCGGGUGGCCCGGGCGGGUCGCUUUGGCACCAAAGGCCUAGCCAUCACUUUUGUGUCUGACGAGAAUGAUGCCAAAAUCCUCAAUGACGUCCAGGACCGGUUUGAAGUUAAUGUGGCAGAACUUCCAGAGGAAAUCGACAUCUCCACAUACAUUGAGCAGAGCCGGUAACCACCACGUGCCAGAGCCGCCCACCCGGAGCCGCCCGCAUGCAGCUUCACCUCCCCUUUCCAGGCGCCACUGUUGAGAAGCUAGAGAUUGUAUGAGAAUAAACUUGUUAUUAUGGAA